AUGCAUUUUGUUGAGGUCGAGUUCAACUAUCAGGUAUGGCCGACGCAGUUCGACUUUUACUUCGAUUCCGGGGCCGGCAGUGUGAAGGCCAUUACUUGUCCCCAUAACGGAGUCUGGGUUACUAUAUGGAGCAAUUUACCAGACAACAUAACUGAUGCCAUACAAAAAGUCUCACACGUUGUGAUGUCAUCAUGCUAUUCGAAUUUCUAUCGUGUGGAAUUCGCACUGUCUCAUCACUUUCUGUGGGUAGACGCUAUUUCAUUACGCGGACAUAGCAAUGGUCAAUCGUUUCAAGGAUGGGUUUCACAUGUUUAUGGAGAGUCAUCGCAACGUGAAGGGUAUGAGUCAUCAUAUAUCAUAGGUCUUAAUGACAGUCUCGUUUGGCAGCCGCAAUCGCCUCUUAACCUGUCCUAUGUGGAGGUUAUGUUCGACAACAAAGUGCAUGUGACAAGAGUUGACAUCUACGAAACGUCCGGUGCAGGAAGCGAGCAGGCGAUUAAGUGUAACGUUGGCGGAAACUGGAUAAGUCUUUGGAGCACAACACCAGUCAGCUCUUCUAAUGAUGCGCAAAUAUUUUCUCCAAAGCUGACCGCUUCAUGCUUUUCGAACCACAUCAUGGUCGAAUUUCAAUUAAUUCAACAUGACGUGAAAGUCGACGCUAUUCGACUGCAUGCAGACAAAUCGCCUAUAUCAAUCCAAUUGGGAAUGACGCAAGAGCUAUACCAAGCACAGGAAAUUAUGAACAGAUCUAGCCUAGCCACAUGGAGACCCGCUGACAAGGGGCCGUACAGAUAUAUACGGAUUCAGGGAAGCCAACAACAAGAAGCCCUGCAACUCUGCAAUCUCCAAAUAAAGGGAUACCUUCCCUCAAGGAAACCACUCUUCCAGCCUGUCAAGUUCAUAACAAUGUCGAUUCCUCGGAUCGGUACAGUCUCCAAUAUUCAAAGUGUCAUCGCAUGCGCGACCAUCUGUACUAGUCAAACCGCACCGCCAUGCGUUACAGCACAGUUCGACCCGGAAAAGCACAGCUGCGCUAUGUUCGGAGGAUUUGAGCACCGAAAAGACAACGACGACAGAAAUGAGACGAUGGUGCUCCAAUUUGCAGCUCUCUUGUUUCAAAACUAAAAUUUUAUUGUUAAAUCUUUAUUUGCAAAUGUCCUAUGAAGAAUAUACUACUUUCGAACCUAAAUAUUUAAUCUUAAGAAUUAUCAUAAAGAAAGGGGACAUUGUUAUCCGCCCCACUAGUAGAGUAGCUGAUUUCAUAGCACUUAGGUAAUUUCUAGAAAACAACACUCCUUUUGUCACUGUAUUUGUACGGAUUGUACAUGCUAAUAUGGAUCGACACUCAACGCACAUGCCUAAGCAUGGUUGUCAUUAAGACAGACUCAAAUGAUUUUCUCAGAGUAUUUUGUUUAUGGUUGACAUAAUUAGUAAUUUGUUUGAAUCAUAUUACAUGUAUUCAGCUUUCUUCUUUCGAUCAAUCAGAGGCAGGAACACGUGUCGAAUAUAUAUAACACACUUGAAGUGAUUCCUUGUUACAUAUAAACGAUUUCCUUGUGCGAGAAUAGCCGAUCGUAGACUUGAUAAAUAAGUUUUGUUUAUUUAACUUGUUUACUAUUUUAGAUGAAGUCAAUGUUCUUGUAAUAUAGUGUAAGGUCCGUCAUUAAUACAAUUGCAUUGUUUUCCUCCUUGCUCUUCGUGUUCUUUCUCGCCUAUUUCUUCUUCUUUUAUUUCUUCCUCUAUUGGUAUUAUUAGUAGUAAAAGUAGCUGUUGUUGUCUGUUGUAGUGGUGAUAGUGUUGGUGUUGUUGCUUUUGUUUUUGUUGUUCAUUGUGUAAAUACUAUGGUGGUGAUGGAGGUAUUGAUGGAAAUGUUGAUGGUGAUGGUGAAACUGAUAAUGAUGGUGGUGAUGGUGUUGGUGAUGAUGGUGACGGUUGUAGUGAUGGUGGUGUAGGUAAUAAUGGUGGUGGCGAUGGUAGUAGUGAUUGUAGUGGUGGUGGUGGUAGUAGUACUGAUGGGGGUAGAGAAAUUGGUGGUGAUGGUGGUAGUAGUGAUUGUGGUAGUGAUGGUGAUGGUGGUGUUGGAGAUGGUGUCGGUGGUUAUGAUGGUGGUGGUGAUGGUAUUGGUGGCAAUGCUUGUGUGGAUGAUGGUGGUGGUGACGGUGGUGAUGGAGGUAAUGAAAUAAGUAGUAGUAGUAGAAUAAGUAGUAGGUCUUGUCAUUUUUCUUGCUGUUGUUGUUGCUUAUCUUUGUGUUCAAGCCCUAGUUGUUGUUAUAGUGUUGGUAUUGAUGAUGUUGUCGUUGUGCCUUAUUCUUCAUGUAUGUGUUGUACUUAGUGUUGUGGUGUUUGUAUUUGUUGUUGCCCAAGGUGGUGGUGAUAGUGGUGUUGUUGGUGUUGUUUUUUUGUUGUUGUUGUGUUAAAUUGUGUUAAUACGAUGAUGGCUGUGAUGGUAAUGGUGUAGAUGAUUGUGGUGAUUGUGGUGGUGAUGGUUGUAGUGAUGGUGUGGUUGAUGGUGAUAGUGAUAGCGGUGUUGAUGGUUGUGAUGAUGGUAGUUGUUGUGGUGAUGUUGGUAGUGAUUUGGGUGGUGGAUAUUGUGGUGACAGUGGUGAUGGUGGUUAUGGUGGUGGUGAAGUUUGUUGUGAAGGUGGUAGUGAUGGUGGUGGUGAUGGUGGUAGUGAUGGUGGAGGUCGUGGUGGUUUUGGUGGUGGUGGUGAUGGUAGAAGUAACAGACGCAGUAGAAUAAUAAAAAUAGGUGUUUUUGUUGUUUUUAUUUUUGCUUUUGUUGUUUUUCUUAUGUGUUGUAGCCCGUGUUGUCGUUAUAUUGUUGUUGUUGAUUAUUUUGUCGUAUAUCAUUUUGCAUCUUGUGUUUUGUUCAUUGUGUUGUUGGUGUUUGUAUUUAUGUAAAGUUGUUGUUAUUCGUUUGAAUGUUUAUAGUUUUGCGACGCGUUUGUAAAUGUUGUUUUAGAGUCAUAGCUUUUGUUCUUGAGAUUAUAGUUCGUCUAAAUAGUUUGCGUUGUUGUUUAGGUAGAGAAAAACUUAUAAUAUGUGUUGCUUUUUUAACAAUAUAGUAGUAAAUUACUAUUUAUAAAACUAAACAAAAAUGAAUCCCCUUUGUUCCUCAAACAUGAUAUGCUCAAUAACAGUAGAAAAUUGCUGAUCAAAAUGACAGAUGUACUAUCUCUAUUGCAUAACAUAUAACAAUACUUACGUAUUUGCUCGUAUGGUAAACAAACAUGUCGUCUUAAUGAUAUGCACGUUAGAAGUCAGUUGAACCCGUUCAAUGCACAAUUAAUUGUAUGUUUCAAUUGAGAUUUACGUUAUUUAAUGGGAUUAGUUUUGUACAAAAGAUACUGUAGCAGAGAAAAGAAUGAUACAAUUUGUAUGGAGCGUAUGUGAUCCACGUACAAAUAUUUUAACUUACCAUUAACAUAAAUAUUACUGUAAAAGCAUUUAUAUUCGGCCGAAUGAAAUGUCGUUUUUUUAACAAUGAUGUUUUUGUGGACACGUUUAUUCGUGAUAUCUGAUUUUGGAAGAAAAUAAGAAAUUUGCAUCGGUCAUUUUCCGAUAUUAUUGUAUGUAAUUUGUGGAUUCAACAAAAAUUAAUGUACCACAAAUAAUACUAAUUUUACAGUAACGGUAAUGUGUAUACAUGAAAGUAUGCUUAUCGACCUUUAUGCAUAAGCUUAGACUCUAUAUUUUAUAAGAACUUGGACAUAUACAUGUUGUAAUUUAAUUUCUUUUAUAUAAAACAGAUUUAAAGUUGUUGGUGAUGAGACUGUUUUAAUUAAAAAAUAUACGUAGACGU